CACACUAAAUCGAGUUUUGCUUUAUAUAUAUAUAAUUAUGUCGGAACAAACGUACAUGUACGGCUAUGUAACGCUGCCUCAUCAUGACCAGAGCGAAUGGUACUCACAGAAAUGUUACCGGGACGGAAGACGGGUGGUGUUGGCAAGCUACGAGUUGAAGGGACCAGGGAGCUUCAGUUUCAAAGAGAAGCUUAGGAAGUCGGCUAAAGGAAUAAAUGAGGCGGCUGAGCAGUGGGUUUCAGAAGUGCGGAGAGGUACGACCAAAAGACGUUUUGCGAUCAGAGUUUUAAGGACAAAACUUGGCUUCUAUUCUUUCUUCAUUCGUAGUGUCGGUUGUAUUACGUCUUGUUUAGGCCAUAGAGAUGAUUUCGUGAAGUAAUCAUUUAUUAUCUACACAAGUAAGUAUUUUAAUUUCGUAUAUAAACACACACAUAGGUGUGUGUUUUCAAAGGAGAGUUUCGUGUGAAUAUUUCAAUAUUCAACUUGGAAACAUUGUGAGUGAUUUAAGGUUUGGAUGGUCUUACAACCCAUUAAUGUAUGUAUAUAUGUAAUCAAAAUCAUUUAUGGAGUUGAAAAUCAUUGCUGACA